CUAAAUACAGAACACACAUUUCCAUUACAAUAUGUCAUAUGAGGAAAUAGAGGCGGUUCUGGUUUGAAAGUAUUUCAAUGGGAUUCUGUGUAACCGGUGUCCUGAGCGGUGUCUGCUCUUCUGUAACAUCUGGGUACAGAGACUGAAAUUAGGAUGUUCCACCCAUCAGUCCCAGGAUGCGUCGGCUGUGUGCUCUGGGUCUCUUCUUGGCCCUGCUGCAUGUGUCCAGCUGUCUGCUGAUUGGAGCGUUCAACAUCCAAAAGUUUGGGGACAAGAAAUCCCAGGACGCGGAUGUGAUGAAGAUCAUCAGCACGAUUGUCCACCGCUACGACAUCAUUCUGAUCCAGGAGGUCCUCGACAGCGAUCAGAAAGUAAUCCAAAGACUCAUGAACGAAGUUAACGCAGUUUCUCCUCAGUACAGCUUCAUCACCAGUGCUCCCCUGGGUCCCACCGUCUAUAAGGAGAGAUACCUCUACCUCUACAAGCAGAGUACGGUGUCCGUGGUUACCAGCUUCCAAUACACUGACAUGACGAAAUUCAACAGACCGCCCUUCGCCGUCAAGUUUGCCUCCAUAACGACAGCUGUGGAAUAUGUUCUGAUCCCUCAACACACACGUCCGAAAUCCGCUGUAGCGGAAGUGGAUGCCCUCUAUGACGUGGCGAAGGAUGUCUUAACUCUCAUGGGAACCAAUAACGUCAUGCUGCUUGGUGACUUCAACGCCGGAAGCUGUUAUAUACCAAAGGCGAAGUGGCCGUUAAUCCGCCUCUUCACCGACAAGAGCUACCACUGGCUGAUCGCCAACAGUGUUGACACUACAGUGUCACGGUCUGGAAACGCUUACGACAGGAUUGUCGUCACCACUACCCUGAACAGCAGAGUGGUGACGGGCAGCGCUGACGUCUUUAACUUCCAGGCUCAAUAUGGCCUUACCCUGGCUCAGACGAAGGCCGUCAGUGACCAUUUCCCUGUGGAGGUGCAGCUAUCAUGAGUACAGGAACCGCUUCACAGACCUCCAGGCUGACCCUGAGCUAGGAUUAUUCAGUUGGAGUUCUUCUGGAAACCAUGCAGCAUUGAAAAAGAAUAAAAAAAUAAAGAAUGCCAAAUUA